UGUGUUUUGUCAUGUGACCCUGGCGCUGCUAUGUCAGUCCUCCGUUUCCCUUUUUCGCAGUGUCGCAGGCAGCAAACCGAAAACAGUCAGUUUCUGUCCGAAACGGCCCAACACACCUUAGACCCGUCCUGUAGCUGGUUAGAAAAGACACUCCGGUUCGUGCUUGUCGCACUUUACCCGUGUAUUUGGCUGUGUGCAACUCCUACAUGUCAGAGUGGUAGACUCACAGCUCUGCAGCUUACCGGCAGGCCUCGCUGUUCACCGACUAAGCAUCAGUCCUCACGCCGCCCUUGGGUGGGUCCGGCUCGGCCAAAGAGACAGCAUGGUCCCGGUGCAUCGCUAGCCUCUUGUGAUUAAAGGCGACAUCAAGGGAUGAAUGGUAUCAGUGGGGAAGUGUUUAGCUUGGAUGCUACUGGAGUCUGUUUAUAAGGAUGAACGGCACCCAGCAGACUGAUACAAAGAGGCAGAACCUCCUGGAGAGGCUGCUGGAUGCUGUGAAGCAGUGCCAAAUCCGCUUUGGAGGAAGAAAGGAGAUCGCCACAGACUCAGACAGCAGGGUGAUUUGUCUGUGCGCACAGUUUGAAGCGGUGCUGCAGCACGGUCUGAGGAAGAGCAGAGGUCUGGCCCUCACAGCUGCCGCUCUCAAACAGGCCGCAGGCUUCAGCAGCAAGACUGAAACAGAGUUGACUUUCUGGUUCUACGUGAAGGAGCACCUGAACCGCCACGAGCUCCAGCGGUUUUACUCCCUGCGCCAGAUCUCCUCAGAGCUCGGCCGAGGUCGUGCCUGGCUGCGCUGCGCCCUCAAUGAGCACUCGCUGGAGCGCUACCUGCACACGUUGCUGGCUGACCGCCCCCGUCUCGGAUCUUACUAUGAAGACUGGGCUUUUGUGCUUGAUGAAGAGAGAGCUAGUAUGCUUCCUACCAUGGCUGCAGGUUUGAACUCCAUUCUGUUUGCCAUCAACAUUGACAACAGCGACCUGAACGGCGCCGUAACACGCGGAGGGUCCUCAGUGUCGCACCUCCUCAAGGAGUCCACGCAGGGCAUUGGCAGCCUGUGGAAAGAGUCCACUCAGGGGGUUAGCAGCCUGCUGCGAGAGAUCGGCACAGCCACAGCUGUGGUGCCUGGCUUCACCCCUAAAGUGGAUGGGGCCUCCGACCCACUCCCCGUGGUGCCACGCAGCACCUCUGCUGACUCAGGGCUGAGGAAGGAGCGGCGGAAGAAAAAGAAGAUCACCAACAUCAUUUCCUUUGAUGAUGAUCUGGAUGGAGGAGCUGAGGAUGAGGAGGACGGGGAAGACGACUCCCAGAAGAUUGGCGGGAUGAGGAAAAGUCACACCGCUCCUGCUCAGAGCAGUGUGGAGGAAGGGAUUGACCCUUUGGAGCCGGUCUUCUCUGAGUCGCUUGCCCAGAAUGGCAUGUCUGAGCCGGGCACAGUCAACUGGGUGGGGUCCCCGCAUCCCUGCCGCACACCUCCCAUAACGGCGCCUCCGCUGCCUGACACCAAGAGUGUAGACAACGAGGAGGAAGAGGAGGAGAUAUAUAAGCCUAGAGCACAAACCCAAGAGGAAGAGAGGAUACCGAGUGAUCAGGUGGUGGUGGGCAGCCUGUCCAGCGUGUCCACGUGGAGCCCUCUACAAGUCAUGGCUGGACACAGCAGCGCAGACAUCCUGAUUCCUGUGAACCCUGCCGACCCUCAGUCAGUGAGCUCCGUGGAAGACACGGCCGCAUUUCCUGUUCAGUGUGAGUCGGCAGGAUCAGUGGGAAACUGCGAGAGCAGCAGCAGAUCUCAGCUCACGUUCAAUAUGGAGUCCAGUCCAACAACGCAGCCUGCUCCGCUCUCCAGCGCGCUGUCAACAUCUGCUUUGCCCGAGUCCAUGACAGUGGUGGAGCUGCGUCAGGCCAUUGUAGCCAUGAUGAACAGGAAGGACGAACUGGAAGAACAAAACACGUCUCUUCGCAGUCUGCUGGAUGGGGAGAUGGAGCACUCAGCAGGCCUGAGGCAGGAAACCGAUCUGCUGAAGAAGAAGCUGGCAGAACUGGAAGAGAGGCACUCAGCGAAGGUCCAGGCGCUGGCCAGGUAA